AUGCCCACCCUACCUCUACCUUCCCUCUCAGAGGUACUCUCCCCCCGCUCCGACCACUCCUCACCCGCCUCCGGCCACACCACCACCACCUCCAACAACAACGACAACCCGUACUACAUCCCCGCCACCACCCUCGACGGCGUAAACCCCCUCGGCUGGAUCCUGAUCGGCCUCCUCACCUUCUGCUUCGUCAUGUCUUUCCUCCUCGGACAAUGUUUGUUAAGGGGCCAACCGACGUCAAGAGAAAAAGAGCGGAUGAGACAUUUGAUGGGGGUACCCCAAGAGGAUUUUGAGGAGGUUGGGUGGCGAAGGUAA